GUUCUUCUCUCUUCUCGUCAUUCGGCUCACACUAAAGCAACAUAACCCUACUGUUACGCCACUCUUCAUAUUUCAGUAAAAUCCCAAAUUCACCGUCGAAAAGAUGUGGCGCACCAUGGAUGUCCAUUGGCGUGCCGUCCGUGUGCAGGCGCGGCUCGUCCGUACAAUUCUUAACCUAUUCUCGAAACCACCGUCCUCCAGCUGCUGCCACCACCAUCAGCGGCGCCUGCUCAGUCUUUCUCAUUUCAAAACCCUAACUCUCCGGACAACUAAUUCAUGUUCUUUUUCUUCUUCUUCUUCUUCUUUAGAUUUCAAUUUCAGCUCGGAAUUCGUUUCGCCUGUUGUGAGGUGCAUAUCUUCGGUUUCCUCGGCCCAGCCUCACCCCGUGGUUAACUGGAACGAAGCUGUUUCGUGCUCUGAAAUUGGAGAUGGCAGGAGCAAUCGCAGCUUGGAGGAGGACCGGAAGACUUCAAUUCCUGUUAAAGCUUAUUUCUUCUCGACUAGCGUGGAUUUGAAGAGCUUAGUGGAUCAGAACAAACAGAAUUUUAUUCCGCCAACGUCGCGUAUGACUAAUUAUGUUGUUUUGAAAUUCGGCAAUUUUUCGGAUUUCAAUGGCAUGGGUGCUUGCAUAAGUGCUAGUGACUGCUGCUUCAUGGUAGUUUUCCAGUAUGGAUCCAUUGUCUUGUUUAAUGUUUCCGAAAAUGAGGUUGACAGGUAUCUAAAAAUUGUGGAAAGAUACUCUUCAGGUUUACUUCCAGAAAUGAGAAAGGAUGAGUACGAGGUGAUAGAGAAGCCAACUUUGAGCACAUGGAUGCAAGGGGGAUUGGAUCACAUUAUGUUACAGUACUUGAACAUUGAUGGAAUACGUAUAAUUGGUAGUGUUCUAGGCCAAAGUAUUGCUCUUGACUACUAUGUGCGCCAGGUUGAUGGAAUGGUUGCAGAAUUCACUGACAUAAAUCGUGGAAUGGAAAAAACUGGAACAUUCACCAUGGAAAGCAAAAAACUUUUUCAACUGGUGGGGAAGGCAAAUUCUAAUCUCGCUGAUGUGAUUCUUAAGCUUGGCCUUUUUGAAAGAUCAGACAUUGCCUGGAAGGAUGCCAAAUAUGCUCAGAUAUGGGAGUAUCUCAGAGAUGAAUUUGAAUUGACACAGAGAUUUGCCAGUCUUGAUUUUAAGUUGAAGUUCGUAGAGCACAAUAUUCGGUUUCUUCAGGAAAUUCUUCAAAACCGGAAAUCAGAUUUUUUGGAAUGGCUCAUCAUCAUAUUGAUUAGUGCCGAAAUUGUUAUAUCGCUAUUUGACCUUUUCCAAAGGACUUUGCAUUAGCAAUAAUUUCCAACAAUUCAAGAAGUGAGGACAUAUGGUCAUAAUUGCUGUAUAUUACUCCACAAGUUUUGCUGCUACUACAACAAAUCAUGAAACCGGGCCAUUUUGGUUCAUGUAAAUAGUUAUAUGGAUUGUCAUUAUGAAUAUGUUUCCUUAUAACAUUAGAAUUCUGAAUUGAAUCAAGUUGUUGACCAUUGAUUUAAUUAUCUAUGACAAUAACUGCACAGAUUUCAGUUGCUUGUGGCA